AUGAUCAUAAAAAAAGAAAAUAGUGAUAACCACUAUCCCUCGCUUCGAGUGAGUGAUCUUCUGAUACGAAAGAACAUACCAAACCUCAUCGGACGAAGCAGCAUAUUAGCGAGUGCGGCUUACGGGUCGCACGCUGCUGCCGGGGCCUGGUGGGGGCAGCAUUCCCAUCCAGUGCACACGGUCGGUGCGACAAUGUAUGGAGAAGAUACGACCGGUGGCCAGACGGGGGUGGGGAACCGCAGUCCACCUACUUCUCUCCACAACUCGGCGGCCAGCCACGCCAGCGCCGCCAGUCACCUCGUGCAGCAGCAACAGCAGCAGCAACAGCAGCAAGUUGCUGCUGCGGCGGCUGCUGCGGCAGCGGCAGCAGCAGUGCAGCAGCAGCAGCAGCAGCAGCAGGUGCAAGCUCAACAACCUUCGACCACUCAGCAAAGCCAGAAUUCUGCAUCUUCGACACAGCAGCAAAGCAGUGGGGCUCAGGCACAGAUUGCUCCACCUUCCACCGCCAGCGAGUCCCCGGGUAGUGUGAGCUCUCAACCAUCAGGUCCUAUUCAUAUACCAGCCAAACGUCCUACUUUUGAUGCGGAGUCCCGACUCAGGCACUCGUACCCGUGGGGCUAUGACACAGCUGCUGACACCGCGUACCAUGCUCAGUAUCCUCCGUACGGGUUAGCCACUGAUAUAAAGCCAAUGUACUACCCUGGCUAUCCAACCGAUGCCAACUUCCAACCACACCCUUAUUAUCCAAAGUACGAACCGGACGCCUACAUAGCGGCAUCCAGCGAACGAUCCCGCGGCGUUACUGGUGAUCCACCCUCGUUGCAAUCAAGCUAUGAGUCUUAUAAUUCGGCAGGACUCAGGCCCUAUUCCAGUGAAACAUAUCCAAAUCCAGGCUCCAGUCUGUCGGUAGGGGUUAGUGGUGUUGGUUCCUGCACACCAUCAAAUCCGUUAGAGUGGACGGGUAACGUGACUGUACGGAAGAAGCGAAAACCCUACUCCAAGUUUCAGACGCUCGAGCUGGAAAAGGAGUUUCUAUUCAAUGCGUACGUCUCCAAGCAGAAACGUUGGGAACUGGCUAGAAAUUUAAACCUCACCGAGAGGCAGGUGAAAAUUUGGUUUCAAAACCGUCGAAUGAAGAACAAAAAAAAUAGCCAGCGGCAAUCGGCGCAGGGUAAUGGUAGCAGCAGCAACAGUUCCAACCACAACCAUUCCCAAGCACAAAGUCACCAUAAUCCACAUCAUUUGACUCUGGGUCUGGGUAUGCCGCCAUUACACGGCAGCAAAAUGCAUCAGUGACCUUUGGAGCAACCACAACCCCUUCAGCCACAGUCCCUUCAUCAACAGCAGUCGCAACAGCCAUCUCUUCAACAGUCACAAGCAAUUUUAGAACAUCGGCAAUCAAUCCUGUCGCAAACACGAGAGCAGCCACAAUCACAGCAUCAUCAUUCCGCCCACUCUCAUCAUUUACUUCAUCCAUCGCAUCAAGAAGAUGGUGACCAGCUGAAGAUGGAACUGUGCGAUGUACCUACUACACCAAUGUGCAAUCAUAUUGGACAUCCUCACCUGGUAAACUAUCAACAGCAGCAAUGAUGGAAGGAUGUACGAUGCGAUUAGUGGUCCAUAAUAAUGGUCUUCUG